AUGGCAGAAGGACUUCCAAGAACAACUUUAGCUUUGCUCUUCCUCGGAUUCUUUGGGGCCGUGGUGGCAACACCAAUAUCAUGCAGGAAUGAAGAAGGUGAAGCUGUGGAUUGGUUUAUCUUUUAUAAGCUACCUAAAAGGCAAAAAGAGACUGGAUUAGAAUACCUGUACCUAGACUCUACAACUAGAAACUGGAAGAGGAGUAAGCAACUAAUGAAUGCCACCAAGAGUGUUUUGGGAAGGACAUUACAGCAGUUAUAUGAAGUAUAUGCCUCCAAGAGUAACAACACAGCCUAUCUCAUAUACAAUGAUGGAAUCCCUAAAUCUCACAGUUACAAUAGAAAGUAUGGACACACCAAAGGUUUACUGCUGUGGAACAGAGUUCAGGGGUUCUGGCUGAUUCAUUCUAUUCCCCGGUUCCCUCCAAUUCCUGAAGAAGGCUAUGAUUAUCCACCCACGGGGAGACGGAAUGGACAAGUUGGCAUCUGUGUAACUUUCAAGUACAACCAGUAUAAAGCAAUAGAUUAUCAGCUCUUGAUCUACAACCCAAAUGUGUACAGCUGCUCCGUCCCAGACACCUUUCUCCAGGAGCUCACUCACAUGCCCCAGCUGUGCGCUAGGUCUGGCAGCACAUCGGUGACCCCUCUCCGGAAGCUCGCCACGUUUCAGUCAGCCCAGGGAAAAAACUUCCUCCAUUUUGCAAAGUCUGAUUCUUUUAAUGACGACAUCUUUACAGCUUGGAUGGCUCAGAAGUUGAAGACACACUUGCUAACGGAAACCUGGCAGAGGAAGACACAAGAGCUUCCUUCAAACUGCUCCCUUCCCUACCACGUCUAUAAUAUCAAAGCAAUUAAGAUACCUGGAACAUCCUAUGUUAGUUCUUAUCAAGAUCAUGCCAAAUGGUGUGUUUCCCUCAAGGGUACCAAAAAUCCCUGGACAUGCAUUGGAGACUUAAAUCGGAGCCCCUACCAAGCCUCCAGAAGUGGAGGAUUCAUUUGUACCCAGAAUAGGCAUGUUUACCAAGCAUUUAGAAAAUUAGUUUUGUGUUACGAGAAUUGUUGA